AAUGUUUAACGAUGGUGAUUUAAUGAUAAAUUUUGUUACAAGUGGACCCAAAAAAAAAAAUGUUGAGAAAAAACCUACUAAGAAACCCAACAUUGAAAAGCAAAAACCAAAUAAGGGAGGACAGUUUAUUUCAUCUCUUUUUACAAAGAAUCCUGAAAUUCCCAAGAUCGAAAUCACAAAAACAACUGUCGAACCUGAAAAAGUUUUUGCACCAAAUUCAUUCAAUAGUUUGAAAGUUCACAAAUUUAUUAUAGACUAUGUUCAAAGUAAAAUGGGAUUUACAGAAAUGACAAAAAUUCAAGAGGUGGCUAUACCAAAACUGUUAGAGGGUAGUGAUAUAUUAGUCAAGAGUCAGACAGGAUCUGGCAAAACUUUGACUUAUGCUAUUCCUAUUCUCCACAAAUUGCAAAGUAUAACACCCGAAAUAAAUAGAAGUAAUGGAGUUUUCGCCAUCAUAAUGCUGCCCACAAGAGAGCUUGCUUUGCAAACUUUUCAAACAUUUCAAAAGCUUGUUCAGCCUUUUAUUCGCAUUGUUCCCGGUUUGAUUAUUGGUGGUGAAAAGAGAAAAACAGAAAAAGCAAACAUUCGUAAAGGAGUGAAUAUCCUAGUAACAACGCCUAAAAGACUAAUAGACCAUAUAACGAGCACAAAGUCAUUAAACCUGCAAAAUGUCCAAUAUUUCGUGAUUGAUGAAGCUGACAGAUUGCUAGAGUUAGGUUUUGAAGCAGACAUAAAAACUAUAAUAGAAGCUCUUGAUAAAAGAUCUAAUCCUUCUCUAAGGCAAAAUAUCCUUCUUUCCGCAACACUAACGAAUAAAGUGGAGAGUAUGGUGAGCAUUGCUUUAAAAAAGCCUUUGAAAAUAGACGCUGAAGAAUCGAAUAUGGAGAAAUUCUCCACUCCUAUAUCUUUGAAGAAUUUUUGCGUUAUUGUACCAUAUAAGUUAAGAUUGGUAACUCUAACAGCCUUUUUAUUGGAUAAAUGCAAGAUUUCCAAGAAGAAAAAUAAGGCUAUCGUAUUUUCUUCUACUCAAGAUACUGUUGAGUUCUUGUACAGAUUGUUGGAGUAUACGCUGAAUAAAAAUGUUGAAGAUGUUGACAAAUUACAAACCGAAUGCGAUCUUUACAAACUCUAUGGCAAUAUGGAACAAAAGGAACGAAGUCAAGUUUAUGAGAAAUUUAGCAAAUCAACUUGCGGAAUUUUAUUAUCUACCGAUGUUGGGUCAAGGGGACUUAAUCUUCAGGGGGUCGAUUGGAUAAUUCAAUAUAAUCCAGCCACUUCAAUUGAGGACUAUGUUCAUCGAGUUGGAAGAACAGCUAGAGCAGGUGCUAAAGGAAACGCAUUAAUAUUUCUAGCUCCAUCCGAAGUUGGCUACUUAGAUAUGUUGAAAGAAAACGAUAUAGGAAUUGAAUCAUUAGAAGUGAAUGAUAUUCUGAAAUGCUUAUUAAUCUACUUCGCUAACGAUAUCAGUAAGAAACUUAAAGGAGAAAAGGCUGUAGAGGUUGCGGCAAUAGAAUUGCAGAAGGUGUUUGAAACGGCAUUAGAGGAUGAAGACUUGAAAGAAGCUGCAAAGAAAGGCUUUCGAAGUUUUCUGAGAGCCUACGCAGCUUAUCCCGGAAAAUUAAGAAAAUUCUUUUUUAUUAAGAAUAUACAUAUUGGCCAUGUUGCCAAGAGUUUUUGUUUAAACGAAGCACCCAGUGACAUUAAGUUUGAUAGACAAACAGCUGCUAAAGGUUCCUUUAAUCCAAUGAAAGUUUAUGGAUAUAAAUUUGGUUUGAAGGCAUCAAUUAAAAAAGUGAACGCGUUAGAUGAAUUUGAUAGUGGACUUGGCAAAAACAUGGUUUCAAAGACUAAGCCAAACGCUAAUAAAAAAGGAAAAAAACUAAAGAGAUUACGAAAGUGA